GCAGUCCAAUCAGAGAAAAACACCACAUUGUACGUAACCCACGUCCUUAGAGUGUUUGUUGUUGGCAGUGCGGAAGAAGGAAGGUUGAGAUCUGCAAAAAGCAUACUGCACCAUGUUCAGUGUGCACAUAACGUUACUUCUGUUGAUGAGCCUAGUGGUGUGCACAUGCACAGCGGUGGAGAUCCAGCGACCGCGCGGCGUUCCUCUUUCAAAGCGUCAGUUCUAUGAAGAAAACAAGCCUUUCACCUGUCUGGACGGUUCUCGCACCAUCCCCUUUGAUAGGGUCAAUGAUGACUACUGUGACUGCAAGGAUGGCUCUGAUGAGCCAGGUACGGCUGCCUGCCCUAAUGGCAGCUUCCACUGCACAAAUGCUGGCUUCAGAUCCACCUUCAUCCCUUCUUCACGCAUCAAUGAUGGCAUCUGUGACUGCUGUGACACUACGGAUGAGUACAACAGCGGUGCUACAUGUCAGAACACCUGCAGGGAUUUGGGCCGCCUGGAGAAGGAGAGCCUGCAGAAGCUAGCUGAGGUAGCUAAGGAAGGUUUCCUGCUCAAACAGCAACUGAUACAUGAAGCCAAAAAGGGUCAAGAGGAAAAACAGGACAAGGUGAAAGAGCUUCAGAUCAAAAAGAAGGAGUCUGAGGAGAAGUUGGAGGCUUAUAGAACCGUGAAGGAAACUGCAGAACAACCAGAAAAAGAAGCUAAAGAGCGCCACCUAAAGGCCUGGGAUGAACAGAAAGAGAUUGUUCGCAUGGAGAAGGACAAGGCAAGGAUGGCCGAGGCUUUCCUGGAGCUGGAUGAUGAUGCCGACGGCUACGUUUCUGUGGCUGAGCUUCAGUCCCACCCAGAGCUUGACCCAGAUUCCGAUGGCACUCUGACAGAAGCAGAGGCCCAGGAGUUGCUGGGGGCAACCGACAGGGUGGACACGGCGGUGUUUGAGAUGACGUGGAGCAGGAUCCAAGACAAAUACAUAUCAGAGGCAGACAGCCAGGCACCAGUGGAGCCCCCCCAGGAGGAGGUGAGGGAGCCUGUCCCCGAAAGCGAAUCUGACCACUACCCCGAGGAAGACGUCGGCGAAGAAGAGGAGGAGGACGACGACGAGGAUGAGGAAGACGACGAGCCAGAGGAUGAAGAUAGCAAGGUACCUCCCACAGCAACGACUUCAGAGAAGAAGGAGGAUGACCAGGCCUCCAUGCCACCCUACGAUCCAGAGACACAGAGCCUGAUUGAUGCUGCACAGAAAUCCCGUGACGAGUUCGACGAAGCCGAACGAGCACUCCGUGAGAUCGACGAUCAAAUCAAGAAUCUGGAGAAGGAGAUCUCUUUUGACUUUGGCCCCAGUGCAGAGUUUGCUUACCUCUACAGCCAGUGCUACGAAUUGAGUACUAGCGAGUACACUUAUAGACUGUGUCCCUUUAAUCGAGUAACACAGAAACCCAAGUUUGGGGGAUCAGAGACCAACCUCGGCUCUUGGGGCACAUGGGCAGGCCCCGAGGGCAACAUCUACUCUCUGAUGAAGUAUGAUCAUGGGACAGGCUGCUGGCAGGGCCCCAACAGAUCCACCACAGUGAAGCUGACCUGUGGGAAGGAGACUGUGGUGACGUCCACCUCGGAGCCCAGUCGCUGUGAGUAUCUGAUGGAGUUCACCACGCCCGCCGUGUGCCACGAGCAGCCCGGCGUGGACUCGGUCGUCUACAACCGCGAGGAGCUCUAGGCGCGCCAGAGCGGUUGUUGUUUUGGGACCACUGUGGGGACAGGCCCCCCACCCUGCUAGGCUACCACCUUCUCUCUAGCACUCCUACUUCUGAGAUGGUGUUGCUGGAAGGAACUUCCAUUCUUUUUCUGUUGGUCAGACUUCUGUUUGUCACCUGUUUUGUUGUAACAAUCUGAUAUGGUGUCAGUUAGUGUCCAAAUUAAUGUAAUUCCAACCAAGAAAUCUGAAUAAAGAUGAUUUUAAAAUGAUGUGAAUUGGUUUCUUUUAUCUCAUUGCUAAACACAAAUAUUGACAGGAAUAUGCUUUGCUGUAUUUAAUUGUUAGAAAAAGUCUGAGAAGGUGUAAUAAAGUAGCAUUUGAGCUAAGGCAUAAUUAAUCUGCCUUAAGUCUGUGUAAAGCAUGUUGGUAUUGGUAAGAUUUGGCUCAUACCCAUUUGAAGCUAGAGGACCAUUUAUUCCGAAAUGCAACUUUUUCAGUGUCAGAGAGGGUAAUAGUUAGCAUUGUUGUAAGGCUUAUUUCUGUACCUGUGACAUUUAAUUCUCCAAGGGAGGACUCUGAAAAUGUGUUGACAUAAAAUUCUCCAUCAUUGUAAUUGACAUUUACAUUUUGUAAUUAUUGCAACUGGAUGUUGUUGUGCAUUCAUGACAAAACAAUGACAUGCAAAUUAGAAAAUUAAGCAUAAUCUAUACAUGUUUUAAGCAAAUAAACAAGAUCGAACAAAUAAAAGCAACUUGGUUUACUCAGAUUUGUAACUUUUAUUUUAUUUUUUUUCUGGCAUGUAAAGUACAAAUAAUUAAACAAUUCCAUGAAAAAGUCUUCAAGCGUCUUCAGCUGAAAUCC